AUGCUUCUACAUAUACUCAUACUUAUCGCUAUUAUAAAUAGUCUUACAGGUAAAGCAAUUAUUGCUAGAAAUGUUUCAGAUUGUACUAUAUCUGAAGAUGGAAUUCUUCUCUAUCAUGGUAAACAUUCAUUUACGAAAUUCGACCAAGAAUGUUUAUCAUGGAAUGAUCUACAAACCAUGUAUGUUGAUAUUAUAAAUGAACCUAAUUUUUAUAGUGAUCCAUCAAUAAAAGCAGCUAAAAACUACUGUCGCAACCCAAAUAUGAAUGUUGAUGGUCCCUGGUGUUUUGUUGAAACUGAAAGUAUUGUUUCCAUGGAACACUGUAAUGUUUGUCAAAGUCUUGCAUCUAGAGCAACAUUACCGACAGAUAUAGGAUUUAUCGAUGAAGAAGCCACUAAUGAUACUGAUGGUGGAUUUUUUCCAACUAUUCGCGAUGAAGUUAAACGAUAUGCUGCUUACAUUCAUGAACGAAUGAAAAAGCUUAUGGAACAUAUCAGAAAAAAUAUCCGAAGAUUGAGAUCAAGAUUUUCGGAUCAAUCUAACUACAACACAUAA